AUGGAAUCUUAUAUUAAAGUGCAAAACAAUAUAUAUGAUCGAAUUACAAAAGCUAGAUCUAAUUUUAAGAAAUCGCCUAAAGAACGUUUAGCGAAUGAUGCGUAUUUAUCGACAAGAUUGGAUGCGCUUGAGGAACUUUGGUCUCAGUUUUUGCAAACUCACACGCAAAUUAUUCAAGUUUCGGAAAGUGAUAAAUUGAAUGCUACUACUUAUGUCAAAGCUGAUACAUAUGGCAAUUGUGAAGAACAAUAUAUCGAUUAUAAGUAUGAGUUGCGGGAAGCUCGAGCUAAUUUAACUGUUAAAUCAACCUAUGUACAUCAUGCGCCAGAUGGCAGCACCACAGCUACAGAUUCGAAUCAACAAGGUUUUAAAUUACCAAAGAUUGCUAUCCCACAUUUCUCCGGGAAAUAUGCAGAAUGGACGAGCUUUCGAGACCUGUUUUUGUCACUGGUACAUAGUAACCCUACAUUGGAUGACGUUCAACGCUUACAUUAUUUAAAAUGUCAACUCACUGGAGAAGCGGAACAGUUCUUGCGACACAUACCAAUAACUGCAGAAAAUUAUAAGUUAUGUUGGAAACAGCUUGAGGAUCGGUACAGCAACAAAAAGUAUCUUGCCAAUUGUAUCUUAAAGAAAUUUAUGAAUCAAAAAACUGUAACAACUGAAUCAGCUACAGCGUUACGCGAAAUAUUAGAUACUACUAAUGAAUGUCACAAUGUAUAUUCGUGUCGCCAGUCUUCCAGGUGUCGUAUUUGCAAGAAGAAACAUCAUUCUUUACUACAUCCCAAAAAUGUAUCGCUCCCAUCGGUGCCUCAAAUGAGUGAGGCAGAACCAGAUGCUAAGGAAGCAACAGCAUCUACAUCAACACAGGUAAAAAAUAUUAAUAAUAUCAGAGCCUGCUUUUCGCGUUUCAGUGGACAAGUUUUACUUGCCACCGCAUUAGUUAAUGCCAGGUCACACACAGGCUCAUUGAUCACGUUAAGAUGUCUCAUUGAUCAAGGAUCACAGGCUUCAUUUUUGACUGAAGCCGCUGCUCAACUUCUUGGGCUAAGAAAGAUUCCACACAAAAGCUCCAUUAUUGGUUUGGGUAGUGACCACUCAAGUUCUGUUGCCUCUAAAGCGAGGGUAGAAAUUGAGAUUGAAUCACGCCAUUGCAACUUUAAAAUUUGCGUCCAAGCUUUUGUGCUCAAUAAGCUCACCUCAGUACUUCCGGAAAAGAAUGCUGUUGUUAAUCUUAGUCCUGAAGUAUCUAAAUUAGUUUUAGCAGAUCCUUUAUUUACAACACCAAAUAAAAUUGACAUGCUCCUUGGAGCAGAUGUUUAUGGUCAGAUUUUGCUUGAAGGUCUGAUCAAGAAUUCACCCAGUUCAUUAAUCGCGCAAAAUACACAGCUGGGUUGGAUUCUAUCGGGUCCAAUUCAAUCCAGAUCGAGCUCCAGCACUAUUUGGUGCAAUCAUAUUCAUCAAAAUGAUGAAUACGAACUUAUGAAGAAGUUUUGGGAGCUUGAAUCGGAUCAAUUUGCCUCUGAUAAAUCACUUCUUACGGAGGAAGAAAUUAAAUGUGAGAAUAUAUACUCAUCAACUACUAGGAGAGAUAGUUCAGGACGCUAUAUAGUACAUUUACCAUUUCGAACCGAUGAUCCAAAUUGCAAAUAUGGUAAUUCAAAGGCUAUUGCAAUAAAACAAUUUAAUCGGCUUGAGAAUCGUUUAUUAAAAAAUCCUAAGCUUAAGGCUGAGUAUGCUGCUGUCAUAGAAGAAUAUAAAAAUUUAGGUCACGUGGAAACUGUGCCAUCACAUGAAGAAGAUUUGGCUGAUGCUGUAUACUUACCUCACCAUGCAGUGAUCCGAGAGGAUAAGGAUACUACUAAAGUCCGAGUUGUCUUCAACGCUUCUUGUCCAGGAACCAAUGGCAUCACAUUGAAUGACGAACUUAUGGUAGGCCCAUCACUACAACCUGACUUACGUCACAUUAUAAUGCGUUGGCGUCAAUAUCCAAUUUGUCUUGUCGCUGACAUUAUAAAAAUGUAUAGACAGGUGAAAAUAUCUGAAUUACAUACAAAUUUUCAACGUUUUGUGUGGCGUGAAGAUCCAGAUCAAAGACUGCAGCAUCUGCGCCUCUUACGAGUUACUUUUGGUACGGCUUCAGCACCUUAUCUCGCUGUGAAAUCAUUACAGCAAGUUGCACACGACGAUGGAGUAAAGUAUCCGCUGGCUGCUGAAAGAGUACUUCGUGAAUUUUAUAUGGACGAUUUUAUGUCGGGUUGCUUUUCUGUGGAAGAAGGUAAGCAAAUUUAUAAGGAAAUAACACAACUUCUACAAGGAGGUGGAUUUGUCUUGCAAAAAUGGAGCAGUAAUAGCGAAGAAAUAAUUAAAGAAAUUAACGAAGAUGUUGAAGAUCAAGCAGAAAACCUGAAACUAAAAAUAGAUGAAAUCAUGAAAAUUUUAGGACUUACCUGGAACAGAAGAACCGAUGAAUUUGAAUACGUAGUAAAACUUCCACAACUCUCUCCUCCUGUAACAAAAAGAAAGGUUAUUUCAGAAAUUUCUCGAUUAUUUGAUCCUGUUGGUUGGCUUGCGCCAGUAAUAAUUUCAGCCAAAGUUUUUAUACAGAAAUUAUGGCUCUCGGGAAUUGAGUGGGAUGAUGAACUUCCUCCACAAUUACUGAAGGACUGGCUCAAGUAUAGAAGUGAAUUAGAUACACUUACCAAAUUUAGUAUCCCACGCUGGAUCAACAUCAAUAAUGAUGAUAAAGUUCGCGAAUUGCAUGGCUUCUGCGAUGCUUCAAAUGUUGCAUUUGCGGCAGUUGUGUACUUGCGAGUAGUUAAUUCCAAUGGGGAAGUUAAUGUUGCAUUAAUCGCUUCCAAAACAAAGGUAGCGCCCAUUAAACAAGUUUCGAUUCCGAGAUUGGAGCUUUGUGGAGCUGUACUACUCACAAGACUGCUACUUGAAGUGUCUCAAGUCAUGGGUUUGGAGAAAUCUUCUAUUCAUGCGUGGACCGACUCACAAAUUGUGCUCGCUUGGCUUCAAGGACAACCUAGUCGUUGGAAAACCUUUGUCGCCAACCGAGUGUCGGAGAUUAUUACUUCGUUGGAACCGCAGCAAUGGCAACACGUAUCUACCAAGGAUAAUCCUGCAGAUUGUGCAUCGCGUGGCAGUACGCAAUGGGAUGUUCAACUCUGGAAGGAAGGGCCAAAGUGGCUGCAAGAAAAUGAUGAAGCAGAUCUUGAAGAAGAAAUAUACUCACGCUUUUCAUCUUUGAGAAGACUGCUCCGCGUUACUGCACUCUGUAAAAGACUAAUUAAAAGAAUGAGAAAAAAGGAAGUAGAGGAUCAGAAGGAUUGGAUAACAAGUUUUGAAAUAAGAGAAAGUUUAAAAAUAUGCGUUAAAAGAUGCCAAGAAAAACAUUUCGGUGAAGAGCUUGCAGAUUUAAGAAAUAAAAAAGAAAUAAAUAAAAAAAGUAAACUUACCUCACUCAAUCCAAUAGUUGACGAAGACGGUAUCCUACGAGUAGGUGGCAGACUGCAGCAGGCAAUCCUUAGUGAUGAGAGAAAACAUCCUAUCAUUCUUCCUCGUAAAUCACAGUUUACAACUUUGAUUAUUGCGGAUGCUCAUGAGAGAACAUUUCACGGCGGUCCCCAAUUGAUGCAAAUUGGUCAAAUGAAUAUUUGA